AUGAAAGUCCCCCUCAAGAGACAAUUCAAGAUGAGCCUGCUGGAUAUCACCAAGAUGUUUUCCCUGUUCCAGCCCAGCGAAGAUGAAGAUGGGGACAGAGAAAGACAAGAGUUGAGUGUAGCCGUGUCCCAGGACAACUACCAGCUGUUGGACCAACUGUUGCACCAAGAGAGUUACAAACGGGUCAUCAACAGUCGGAGUGGUUGGGGGGUGCCAGGCACUCCCCUGCGCUUAGCGGCAUCAAAGGGCCAUGUCAGGUGCGUCAAGGUGCUUCUGGACCACGGAGCUGAAGUGGACAGCUUGGAUGUCAAGGCCCAGACGCCACUAUUUGUUUCUGUCAACAACGGGCACCUUGAUUGUGUGAAGGUCCUCUUGGAGGCGGGGGCCUGUCCUUCUGGGAGCAUUCACAACAACUGCACCCCACUGCUCACGGCUGCGAGAGAAGGAGCCCUGGGGAUCCUGCAGGAGCUGCUGUCACACGGGGCAGACCCUAACGUCAAACCUCGAAUCCCGGAGUGGGCGGCCAACUCUGUGGCCUGCUGUGGACCUUUGUAUUUGUCUGCCGUCUAUGGUCACCUGGAAUGCUUCAAGACUCUCUUGCUGUAUGGGGCUGAGCCGAACUAUAACUGCUUAGAUAGGAACAUGGUCACCCGAAUUAAACACCCCAAGACUCUCCUGGAAGUCUGCUUGAAGCAUGGCUGCAGGGUGGAAUUUGUCAAGCUCCUCAUUGAUUUUGGUGCCAAUAUCUAUUUGCCUGGCAUCACGAUGGAGAAGAGCUCAGCAAACUCUGAAGUGCUUGAGCUGUUGGCCAGAGAAAGAGCAUUGCCCAAAUCCUUGAUGUCUCAAUGCAGACUGGCAAUCAGAAGAUUUAUGAAACUGGAGAACCAUCCUGAAGCUGUGGAUCAACUGGACAUCCCACUAGUGCUGCUCAGCUACCUCAAACACCAUGUAUAA